UCCUUCCGAGCUUGAUCAACUGAACGUUCCAAAAAACCAAGCUCAGACUCGAUCAAUCGAAAGCGCUCUUUCCCUCUCCGCCUUGAAUCCUCAGAGAUGCUAUUAUAGGUCUCUUCUUGUAGAGGAAGCUCCAUAGAGAUGCAGAAAUUGGGUGAUUUCAAGCUACCUCACUUCUUCAAUUACCCACCAUACUUCACUUUGCAGCCAGUAAGGGACACCCGUGAGAAGCAGGUACAACUUUGGAAGGAACUCAUUCUUGAUUACUGUAGAACACAAAAAAUAUUUGUGAUUGGACUGGAAGAAGAUUUUCCACUAUUUUCAAAUGCUGUGAUUGAAAGAUCUCUUACUCAUGAAGCCAGGGAAGCAUUCCUCUCAGCAUUAGUUUCUGAAGCAGGACGUGCAGAAUGGUUGGAUAAAGGCCAUAGGAAAUGUCUAAUUCUCUGGCACCGCAUUCAGGAUUGGGCUGACAUUAUUUUACAUUUUGUUAAAGAUAAUGGGUUAGAGGACAGCGUUAUAACAGUUGAGGAAAUGCGUUCAGGGAUUGAAUGUCGAGGAACAGAGCUUCAUGGGAUUGACCGUACAAUAUUAAUGCGAGCUUUGAAACUACUAGAACAAAAGGGGAAGCUUGCUAUAUUCAAGGGAACUUCGGCUGAUGAUGAAGGCGUCAAAUUCUCCAUGUAACCCAUUCACUUGGUUCCUUUCAUAUGUUAUCAAGCAAUGCUGCCUGUUACUGCUGCUCUGGUAGAGUUUGGGCUCUUGUGAAGUGGCGAGGACUAGCUCGUGACAUUUUGUUGUGUUUGAGUUGAAUCUUGUUAAAGAAUAUAUGAUUGAAUUGAAUUUGUUGUGUUUGAUUUGUGUCGAGUUUCACAAGUUGUGUAAAAAAUUGUCAAUUUUUAUGUCAUGUGUUAAGUUUGAAUCGUGUUGAGACAUAAAUAUAAAAUUAUAUAGGUUAGUUAUAAUUUUGUUUA